AUGGAUAAAAUAGCAAAGCUAAUUUUUCUAUUUUCAGUUGCAAUCACGAUGGCCCUGGUGAUGGGCAACAAGGAUGACGAUCCGCUAAGAAAUCUCUUCGGCGGUUCGAACGUAUGGGGACCGCUGAUGAAAUGGAACCGUGUGCCACCGAACGAUGGUGCUGGCGAUGGAAACACCAACCUGGAGUACGGCGAGUACGACCAGCAGGACAUGGACGCAGCCGAAGCCGGACAACCGAUUGUGGUGAAGCGAUCGCACACACGGCAACCCGUCUGUGAGGUACUGCUCAACAUCGUAUACGUCGGCAACGGUACCGAUGGGUACGAGUAUCGACCCAAUCACUAUGUCACCGAGUCAUGCCUUAGCUCGUACAACACCUAUCAGAAUAAGUGUACCGAGACCGGCCUAUCCUGCACUCAGAUUCGGCAGAAGAUCUACAUCACACGUCGCAAGGUGGCUGGAGCGGAGAACAAAGCCGUCAACUGCUGGGAGCAUGUGGCGCUCAAAGAGAUCGAUGCCGGCUGUGAGUGCAUGUGGCCAAAGGAGCAGAUCGGUGACAAGCAUUCCUACCGAUUGGGCAAAUAACAGCACGGCGACAGUGAACAGUUCUGGCGAGCGACACGAACAAUUAUGCUACAGCCCCGUACUGGUGGACGCCGCCGCCAACCGGAUAGCCUGGUCGUGCCU